AUGCAUCGAACUCAGGCCUUUGUGUUUUAUCUUCUCUUUGGUUUCAAUCUCCCAAAAGCAAAAGGCAACUGUUACUUUGAACGGUCCCAACAGCGGUGUGUGUGUCCAUUGCUUGUGGAGACAGAAUUCUACACCCUUUUCAAUUGUCUCCCAGCCACCACAUAUGAGCUCCGAGAAGGAAAUCUGGAACAAUUUGCAGUCUUCUCAAUAAUCCAGACAAGUCCAGAACUAAUAGAUUACUUUAAUGGAUUGCAAGUAAGCAAGUUGAUCUUUACAGACCUCAUAGUGCCAGAGGUUCUCUUACCAGCAGCCAUGCAGUUUCUUUCCUUCUUACCUCUGGUCUCUGAACUGGAGUUUGUAAAUUGUACUUUUCUUAGAUCUGUUGACCAGCUUGGUAUAAAUAAAUUUAACCUACAGGUUUCUUCUCUGCGCUUCCACAAAGUGACAGCAGCUCCCUUGGAUGAUAGAUUUGACAUAUCUAGCCUGCAAAACUGCCUGAAGACCUUAGAAAUCCUGACAGUAACAGAGUCACAAGUCACAUCUAUUCCUUGCAAAAUUAGCACAGUGUUGAAAACGCUGCACUUUUUAGAUCUUUCAGGAAACCAUUUCCAGGACCAGACUCUAAAGACAUCAUUCUGCAGAGGUGCUUUCUCACAACUCCAAGUGCUAAAACUGCAUAGGAACAACCUGAGUUCUUACGAAACAGUAUGCCAGACUCUUGCUCAUCUCAACCGGCUCACUCACUUGGACCUUAGUCGGAAUGACUUCCUGCCUGGACCACCUUUCUCUUCCUGUUUGUGGCCACAGUCACUACGUGUCUUCAACUUGUCCAGCACAGGAUUAAAGCACAUGGACAGAGCUUUGCCACCUAACAUUGAAGUAUUAGAUCUGAGCGCCAAUCACAUUUUUAUUCUAGACCUCUCCAUCUCUGGGCUGAAAGAGCUCUACUUGUCCAACAACAGGCUGCAGACCAUCCUCUCAAUCAAGAACCUUCCAGGUUUGGAGGCCCUCAGUAUAGAUCAGAACCAGCUCUCCCAACUCCCUACCAAAGACCUCCUGCAUUGGAAACACCUGAAGAGCUUAAGAGCUGGACUCAAUCCCUACAACUGUUCCUGCAAACAAACUAUCAGGGAGAUCCAGGGUCUGGCCACCCACAAGGCCUUGCUGCCUGAUUGGCCUCACGAUUACAUAUGCAGGUCUCCUCCAGACUACCAGGACUACCUUUUGGAUGAGGUGCCUCUCUCAUUGCUGCAGUGCAACAAGGCAGCAGUGGUUAGACAGGGCUCAAUAGUCUGCUUGUUGACAUGUCUUCACCUGGUCCUUGGUUUGGUCUCACUACCAACAUAUAGAAGUCAAUUUGUUGUGUUGUAAAUCUGGCAGCAAAGAUGAAUGCUUUGGAUAGGGAGGGCCGAAGCUUUGGGGAAGUGGCAUACUUAAUAGAGUAUCUUUGUCGAAGAAUAUUAUGUAAUGAUACAGUUUAAACUAUCACUGCUAGAAAAUAAGAAAUUUGUUUUUAAAAGAAAAUGAAGAUUGCUUUGUAAGACAUCUGUCUAAGUACCUUUCAUCAUAUUUUGUCCUAUAUAGUGAAAGCUCAUGCUGUUCCGUCUCCCAGGAGUUUGAUUUGCAUUGCCCCAUAGUAGGAAAUAGCACUUGUUUGCAUUUCUUCCAGGGCUGUUGCAGAUUCUGCAGCACCCUGAUAGUUAACCAUUAGCAGAGUUUGUAGCCGGCUCAGCAAAGUCUUUGCUGCUGAAAGCUUGCAAAAUAUCUUUUUGUUCUGGAGACCGCCCCUUUUCCUGGGGAUGAAAUCUCCAUUUUGAGAAGCCUUUUGCCUUCUAGACAGAAGAGAAAAGAACUCAAAUGUGCUUGUGUGGUCAAGCCAGGCCAGCUCAGACAAGCCAUCGUAAGUACUGACCUCUUGCCUAUAAAACUGGUGCUGAGUUCAGAUAGGGGAAGACCUGCUCUUUCCAAGAUAGCAACUCAGCACUGGGCAAAUAAUACCCCAGGAUUUCUUUGCCAUUGGAAGAAGCUCUAAUUGCUUCGUCUCCAAGCUAGCUUUUAGCUUAGAUAGUGAAAGACCUGCUCUUUUUGAUAUAGCAGCUCAGGGCUAGGGUAGAGAGGAUCUCAGGAUCUCUUCACCUUUGGAAGAAGUUAACCCAGCAACUAAGGGGGAAAGCAAGAAAGGAGCAUCUGCAAGGUUUUAUAAGUUGAUUGUUGUAUUUGUAGCCACUACAAUUUGUGCCAAGCCUGCCAAGGACUUUGAGAAAAUAAAAUCUUGUUUGAUUGUUCAACUUGAA